CGUAGCAAGAAUUUCCAAGCAAAGAUGAAGGACUCGUUCCCUUGUUUUGGCAAAAAUUUGCAUGGUCUUUGUAGUUCCUCAACCUUGAGAUGUCAAAUAGUUUUUUUCUACAGGUUCAUCCUUGUCCUAAUGAAUCCAUUCUGGAUUCAACUAUCCUAUUUUAUUUGUCUUUCUUUUCUUGGUUUUGGGGUUCUAAAGGCUUUAAAGCCAAGAACCCAUGAUUCUUUUACUCCAAAGAACUUGGAUUUGUUCUUCACAUCUGUGUCUGCAACAACAGUUUCAAGCAUGUCCACUGUUGAAAUGGAGGUUUUCUCCAAUCCCCAACUCAUUGUUUUAACCAUUUUGAUGUUCAUAGGUGGAGAAGUUUUCACUUCCAUGGUUGGACUUCAUUUGAGCAAAUCCCAGCUCAAAAGAAGAUGGAAACUUGGAGGAUUAGUUUCGGCAGCCGAAACUCAUGAGAUUGAGAUUACGAGUACUGCUGAAAUGAAACAUGAUUCUGAAAAUUUGGAAUCAGGAAAUGAAACUAUCGUCCAAUAUGAUCAGGUUUCUUUAGAUAUUAAGAUGUUGAAAUUCAGUUCAAUAAAGUUCUUGAGUUUUGUAGUUUUGGGUUAUCUUUUAUUUGUUCAUUUUCUAGGAAUUAGCUUAGUUUUGCUUUAUUUAGCCAUUGUCACAAGUGCAAGUAGUGUUCUUAAAACCAAAGGACUCAACAAGGUGACAUUUUCUUUCUUCACCAUUGUUUCAACUUUUGCAAGCUGUGGUUUUGUCCCAACAAAUGAAAACAUGAUAGUCUUUAGCAAGAACUCAGGCCUCCUCCUAAUUCUAAUCCCACAAAUCCUGCUGGGGAACACAUUAUUUCCUCCUUGCUUGAGGUUUUCUGUUUGGUUCCUGGGAAAAUUCUUCAAGAAAGAAGAAUCUAGGUACCUGUUAAAGAGCAAUGAAAUAGGGUAUCUUCACUGGCUGCCGAGGUUGCACUCGUCGCUUUUGGUGGUGACUGUGUUUGGAUUUAUUAUGGUUCAGUUCAUAUUGUUUUGCUCCAUGGAAUGGAAUUCAGAUGCUUUAAAUGGAUUGAAUUCUUUGGAGAAAAUCAUGGGAAUUAUUUUCCAAGUGGUGAACUCGAGACAUACAGGUGAAACUAUUGUCGACCUCUCAAUAAUUUCACCGGCCAUCUUGGUGCUUUUCAUCGUCAUGAUGUAUCUUCCUCCAUAUACAUCUUUUGUUCCCAUAAAUGACAAUCCAGAAGCAUCUGGAAAGGGAAAGAAAAGAAGGGGAAAGCUUUUGGAGAAUAUAAUAUUCUCACAGCUUUCAUAUUUGGUCAUUUUUGUCAUCCUCGUUUGCAUAACUGAAAGAAACAAAAUGAAGCAAGAUCCUCUCAAUUUCAGUGUUUUGAAUAUUGUGCUUGAAGUUAUCAGUGCAUAUGGAAAUGUGGGGUUCACAACAGGAUACAGCUGCAAAAGGCAACUACAUCCUGACAGCAAUUGCAAAGACAAAUGGUUUGGAUUUUCUGGGAAAUGGAGUGAUCAAGGCAAAGUUAUUCUCAUAGUGGUCAUGUUUUUUGGAAGACUUAAAAAAUUCAAUAUGAAUGGAGGUAGAGCUUGGAUACUUCUGUAAUAUUUACUUCUAUUUUACCAUAAUUCUCUUACUUAUCUCUCACUACUCAUCCCCAUAAAUCUAUCUACAUAUUUAUUUAUAUUAAAUUUAUAUAAAAUCAUAAUAA